AUGGGCCUUAUCACUGAUGCUUCCCUGGACUGGCUUCUGCCAUCCGGGCAAUCUCGCCUUCGGAGUCAGUAUGAUCUCUACAUUUCCCCAAACUUGUGGCUCGUGGCCCUCUGCACGGCCGUUAUUUACUACCUCUCCGUCAAAUUCGACCGUCAUCUCCAGGGUAUCCCGGGGCCUUUCUGGGCCAGCUUCUCCAGCAUCUGGAAAACCUGGGAUACCUACAAGGGAAGCUCUCAGUACACAGCAAUCGCUCUCCACCGGCAAUAUGGCGCCCUGGUUCGGCUCGGACCCAAGCACGUCUCCGUCGGGGACCCGGCAGCGAUCAAGACGAUUUAUUCGGUGAACGGAGGAUUCACCAAGACUGCAUUCUACCCCAUCCAGGCAGCACGCUACGAGAAGAAACCGCUGAUGAACCUCUUCGCCACUCGCGACGAGGCCUACCAUAGCCGAAUCAAGCGGCCGGUGGCACACACCUAUAGUAUGGCCGCACUGGCGGAGCUCGAGCACAAGGUCGAUCACGUCUCGCGCCUCUUUAUGGAGAAGCUCGCGAGCUUUGAGAGGGAGAACCAAGCAUUCGACCUCGGGGAGUGGCUUCAAUGGUACGCGUUUGAUGUGAUUGGUAACCUCACCUUCUCUCGGACACUGGGGUUUAUUGAAGAGUCGAGAGACGUCGACAACGUGAUCAGCUCUAUCGGGUCAUUUUUCAUCUAUGCUGCUGUUGUAGGGCAGAUUCCCUGGCUGCAUAAGCUGCUGGUCGGGAACCCCAUCCUGCCAAUUGUUAUGCCUGCUAUUGAGACCUUCAACCCCGCCGUCAACUUUGCCAAUAAGUGCAUGAGGGAAAUGGAGGCGGAAGAGGUAAACAAGGGCCGGGACGACUUCCUGGUUCGGUUCCAGAAGAUGGCGAAGGAGGGUGUCCGCGGCAGCACGACUGGCAGCGCCUUUGGGAGUGCGGACAUUGUAAACCACACCAGCACCAACGUGCUCGCGGGGAGUGACACCACUGCCAUCGCCCUGCGCUCUAUCAUCCACAACCUGAUUACCAACCCGGUCUGCUACAAUAGGCUGCGCCGUGAAAUUGACGAACUGGACCAGGCCGGAGGGCUAUCAGACCCGGUCAAGGAGAGCGAGGCGCGGCAGAUGCCGUAUCUACAGGCUAUCAUCAAGGAGGGGAUGAGGCUUCAUCCCAGCGUAGGCAUGCUGAUGGAGCGGCAUGUGCCCAAAGGCGGCGCCACCAUCUGCGGCAAGUUCAUCCCCGAGGGCUACGUGGUUGGGAUGAACCCCUGGGUCAUUGGCCGCGACAAGGGGGUCUAUGGCGAGGAUGCGGACGAGUUCCGGCCUGAGAGGUGGUUGGACGCGGAUCCAGAGCGCCUGAAGGAAAUGGAGCGGUCGUCUCUUGCAUUCGGCGCGGGGAGCCGCGUCUGCAUUGGCAAGAACAUCUCCAUGAUGGAGAUGUCCAAGCUGAUCCCGCAGCUAUUCCGCGCGUUUGACAUCGUUCUGGUCGCACCAGAAAAAGAUCUGAAAACCGCCAACUACUGGUGA